CAUCGUUCGAGGGCUCUGUGUCAAUCUGCUUCCAGACGCGCGUUGAGGAAAUUGACAAGAACGUCCGGGCUCUAGUAUCGCCAAUCAUGGUUUUAUACUUCACCCUCGGGGGGCUUGUGAGAGACUUUCCCGAAAAUUCUGCCAGGAAGCUGACCUUACCUGCCGGAAAAGCCCAGAUGGAACAGCUUGUAAGAAAAGAGAUGCAGAACGCGGCCAUGUUUCAACCAACCAUGCAGUUCAUACAAUAUGUGGGACCAAUGCAGCCCCAAAUGCCACCCCCUGGGUUCAACGCUUCUCAGUUGUGGCCGCUUCUCUGCACCAACUGGAACGGCGGCAGCCCAACCGUGGCGGAGGAUUUACUGGCCAUUUCCAAGGCGGACGUCCCAGCUAGCCCUGAGAUCGCCGCCAUCGUCCAGGGGUCAGAACCAGAUCGGAUCCUUGUCCUCCACGACGAGCAGUCGCUGGAAGGUAGCUCGUCGCUCUCCACCCUCAGCUACCUCUGCGCCUUGAUCACCGAGAUGAUGUCCGCCCCUGGCAUGAUCCGGCUCUGCUUCUUCUGCGGCCUGCACUCUGCAGACGGCGACGUAUUAGGAGGCGGCUACGGACUGAUGCGCAGUCUGGCGCUGCAACUCCUGCAACCAUUUGGGAACGCCAACCUUUCCACGACGGGCAACGACCUGAAUCUGCUCGCUCAAGGGCUCAUGAUGAACGAUUUAUCGACGGCUUGCUCCGUCUUCAAGAUGCUUUUGCACAACGUACCCGCCGGUGUUGUAUAUAUCUUGGUAGAUGGCGCAUUCUGGUAUGCAUCGGGAUCACAUGGCGAUGAAAUGGCGGCUGUGAUGGCGUUCCUGAACCGACUCGUCCUCGAGUCGCGAGCUAAUGCUAACAGAGGAUUGGUGCUCAAGAUUUUUGUCACGAAUCCCACUCCUUCGCAGCGGAACGGCUGGGAUAUACAGGCGGCCGUCGCACACCUUGAACAAUCGCUGUUCGAGGAUGACCAUGAGCUAGAUGUUCAGCGCAUGAUGGCUGGCUUUUAA